AGAAACUAGUAGAUUUAAUUAUGAAACGUGCUACACACAUUUUAUCAAGGAACACUCGGGAAUACACAAAACAACUUGGCUUUUGAGAAGUCAAUGUAGGAGGUGAGAAAAACUUGCCGAACCCCGAAUUCGUAAAGAUAGAUUUAAAUGAAUUUGGGAGGAGAUUUUCGAAGAAUGAAAUUAGAAAUCUAUCGGAAAAACACUCUUUUCCUCGUAUUAUUCAAGGAAAACUGCUCAUCUCUCUUUUUAGCUUGUUGAAAGAAAUUAAAAGAGGAAAGGAAAUUUUCCAAAAAACUUUCGUUCCUUAUUUGGUUCCUAGCAAGAAAAAGAAUAAGAAAAUUUUCCAAAAAGAAGUUCAUCCCUUUCUCCUUUUUCCCCCUAAUUUCCCUCUUAAUUUUGCCGUUCUUUCUUGUACUACUAACACUUUUUUAUCCUCUCAUUCAAAACAGAGCAUUAAUGUUUUCCUUUUAGAAAUACUCCUACUUGAAGCAAACUGUGUUUGGAGCCGUUUGAUAUACGAGAGCCCAUAUUCAUCGAAUGGCUCUAGAUGCAGCAGCGUUUUGUUGUUGUGUUCUGCACCUGCUCUUUGACAUAUCCAAACACCGUCUAUGAGUCUAUCCAUUCCAACGGGGAAAGAAGUCCUCCAUAUCCAGGAGACAAGAGUUUCUCCUUCUUCCAAAACCCUCACAUUCUGCAACCAAGAUUCCAAGUAAAAAGAAAUACCAAAGCAAAACUCAGCAAUAAUACUCAAAACCAAACUUCACAAUGGGCAACAAGAACUCAACAAAACGUCCCUUCACCUGCGAAAUAUGCAUCGAACCCAUGUUAUCAAACAAAAAGAAGUUCCAAAACAACAACCUCUGCGUCCACCCGUUUUGCAACGAAUGCAUUGCCAAGUACGUACAGUUUAAGAUCGAGGACGAUCGGGUCGCUGGAAUCAAGUGCCCCGGGUCAAACUGCGACAAGUUGCUGGAUCCGCUCUGCUGCCGAGCCCUGAUACCUCCCAAAGCGUUCGACCGGUGGUGCGAUCUUCUGUGCGAUAGGGCCCUGUUGGGGCUGGACCGGUGUUACUGCCCGAACCGGGAUUGUUCGGCCGAGGUGGUGAACGAGUGUGGUGGGAUCGUGAAGAAGUCGAAGUGUCCCAAUUGUAAAGAGUGGUUUUGUUUUAAAUGUAGGGUUACUUGGCACGCGGGGUAUCUGUGCGAGGAGCUGAGAGAUUGGAGUGAUGUUGCGUUUGCGGAUUUUGUUGCGAGGAAGAAGUGGAUGAGGUGUCCAAAGUGUCGACACUGUGUUGAGCGCUUUUAUGGUUGCUCCUUUAUUAAGUGCAGAUGUGGGAGCAGUUUCUGCUACAAGUGUGGAAAGGAGGUGUAUGACCACAGGUGUGACUGCAAAGGUAAAGCUAACAACGAAGAUACAACUAACAACAACGAAGAUACAGCUACGUGCACAUGCACGGGUGGUUUCAUUUUUUUUUUUCAAAAAUUUAUGUGAUUCUCUUACUAGUACUGUUUCUUGGUUCUAUAGUUUGCCCGCAUUAUCUUGACCAAUUAUGAACUUAUGUGUAAUCAAUUUUGAGCUUACUGUCGACAUAACUUGUGACAUGUUUAAUUGUAUUGGGUUUCUUGAAUUCAGUUCUUUUUCUUCAUAUCUAUUUUGAGCUCUUGAAUGUGAAAUUACUCAUGCAAAGUAUAUGUGCUGAUGUUGAGCUUUAAAUCACAUCUAAAAGAGUGGCACACAUGUAUCCUAGGCAUAGGGAUCGAUGUGC